GUUGUAUUUACACCACUCAAUGUUCUUGUUCUUGUUUGUUGUUUUGUAAGUUGGUGUUGGUGUUUUGAUUUGAAUUUGUUUGUAGUUGUAGUUGGCCGGGUUUGCAAUUUGUGGUUAUCUUUUCCUUAAUUUUCGUAUUAUUGGGGCCGCAGGACUUAAAACCUGACAUUUAAGCCUUUGUUUUGUGAUCAAUGUCCUGCAACUAUGCCGAUGGGCUUUCUCCUUAUCAUGACAAAGGCAAAUUGGGAUUAGAAGAGAAAUUUGACAAAAAAGAUGAUGUAAUAGCUAAAGUCCGUAAAUUAGCAUCAUGGAUUUCAGAAUCAAAACAUGUGGUGGUUCACACUGGAGCUGGCAUCAGCACUUCGGCAGGCAUACCCGACUUUAGGGGUCCUAAAGGUGUAUGGACCUUGGAAGCCAAGGGUGAAAAACCAAACAUAAAUGUGUCUUUUAAUGAUGCCGUUCCCACUAAAACUCAUAUGGCUCUUGUUGCUCUGGUUAAAGCAGGUAAAGUCCAUUUUGUUGUCAGUCAGAAUAUUGAUGGUCUUCACUUGCGCUCGGGUCUACCGCGGUCUAACCUAGCUGAAUUGCAUGGCAACAUGUUCAUAGAACAGUGCAAUCAGUGUGACAGCCAGUUCAUCAGGCAAGCUGCAACUACAAGUGUUGGGCAAAAGUGCCUUGGUACUAAUUGUCCAAGUGUGCGUUUAAAUGGAAGACCAUGCAGAGGGAAAAUGCAUGAUACUAUUUUGGACUGGGAACACAAUUUACCAGAAAAAGAUCUUGCUCUGUCUGACUUCCAUUCAUGUGUUGCAGACCUUAGCAUAUGUCUUGGAACUACAUUGCAAAUAGUGCCGAGUGGAAAUCUACCUCUUCAUACUAAAAAGCAUGGAGAUUGUGGCCGGGUUGUUAUUUGUAAUUUGCAACCCACCAAGCAUGAUAAAAAGGCUGAUUUAAUAAUUAGAACUUAUGUGGAUGAAGUUAUGGAGGGAGUGUGCAAUCAAUUAGGCAUUUCAUUAUUGGACUUUUCUUCUAGUUUAGACCCAACAAAGCAAAAUGGGAACCCUAUAUCUUGGACAAUCCCAACAUCAGAGGUUAAACGAAUGCGGAAGGUUUAUGAAACAGUUUGCUGCAAGGGAGCAAAAAAAGGCAGACAGGAGAAGAAGAAAUCCCCUUGUCAGAAAAUACUCAAAUUUAGGAAAAAUAACUUAUUGCAAAAAUCUGAAGAAAUGGAUCCUAGUGAAGUAAAAAUAGAGGACUCAAGUGAAGAAAAAAUGGAAGUUAAACCUGAUACCAACCAGGCACCUUUUAAGAAUUUGGAGAAAUCUGAAAAACCUGAAGAAGAGAGUGAGCAACCCCCUCAUAAGAUAAUCAAAGUUGAGUUCAAAGAUGAGGUAAACAAUUAAUUACCCGUAGAACUUCACAGAGAAGCCUCAGCAACUAAAUGUAUUACCAUGGGAAUAAAUGCAUUUAUGUCUCAGAGUAAGUGCGUAGUUCUGACAUCCAUAGCAGGGUUCCCUGGACGAGACAACUUUUUGGACGUGAUAUGCAGGGGCUGUUAAACUUUUCUGGAGGCUUACCAAUCGAAACCAAGUGCGGUAUAGGGUGGUUGCUGCUGACUUAAGAUUGCUCUCGGCUCUUAAAUCAUCACCAAAACAUCUUGCAUCAACAAGAGAAGCCAAGACUUCCCGUUUGACAAUUGUUCCCUUUCCAUGUCCUCUAUUUAUUUUUGCACUUUCCUUGCGGCGUGACCACAUAGUGGUCUCUCUCCCAUAUUAAAUCAUAGGUACCAAAAAUGAGCCUCAAGAACGUGUUAGACAAACCUUCCUGCCCAUUUAGAAACAGUAUGUUGAAGACCUACACUUUGUAUUUUUCAAAAAUGAAUUACUAUAACAAUAAGUUUUGAACUUUUUCAGUGUACUUCACUAUACAUUUUUUUUCUUUACCUCAAUAUAUGCAAAUUAACUAGCUUGUGUGUGUAGUUUGUAUGCUGUGUUUUCUUUUACUGUGAUGAUGUACUUUUGACUUACCUUUUAUAUGUAUUUUAUUUGGUUGAAUAAAGAGCAAUCAAAUCUAA